CCAUCGAGCUUGGCCAUAAACAAAGCACAGACGACAAUGUGUUCCUCAUUGUCUGCUGGGUGCUGGGCAAACUCUCUGGGCUUGCGAAAUGAAUGAUACCAGUCAGCCCGUUAUCUAGCGUGAUCAGUGCUGGAAAAUGGGGCAAAGGGGCUUCAUUACUCACCAAAACGAGCUCGCUCCCGGCCGUUCUAUUCGAGGUUUAAUCUCCGAAGAACGCCAGUUGACUCGCCCCGCCCACCCGCUCCAAGCCCAGGUGGUGGGGAGAGACAGCUGAUAAAGAACAGGAGGACCUAUCUCUGUUCCCCCAGCUCUCCCGCACCUAGCGCUAGUAUUCUUAUUAUUUCCACUCUUUCUCUUCAGUUUCACGCAUAUUAUUCUGCUCUAUCAUGAAAUACGGCAAUUACCUGAAUCAGCAAAAGACGGCGUUCCCGGACGAGUGGCAGCCACACUUUAUUGAAUACGAUGCACUGAAGGCGUUUCUGAAGACGCGCAUGGUCGGCUGCAACGUGCACCUGUCGAGCUCGUUCCCGCGCACACACGUCUUCCAGUGGUCACCGGGCUCCGAUUCCGAGCCUUCGUUCGACGCCAUGCUGCACCAGCGCCUGGAGAAGGUCACCCAGCUGACACCCGCAUUCGUCAAGAUGCUGGAUGCCGACAUCGAGCGGAUCAACUCGUUCUUUGUCAAGAUCAAGGACGCAACCAAGGAGCGGAUCAACCGGGUGCUGGAUCCGAUGCAGAAGACAACAGUUGCCGAGUGCGAAGAUGCGCUGAAGGACCUGCUGCUGCUGGAGCGCUUUGUGUUCCUGAACUUCACUGCCAUUGCCAAGGCACUGAAGAAGCACGACAAGUGGUCUGGCCUGCAGAUCCGCGAGCCCUACCUGAUGCGUACCUCGCAGCUGUCGUUUGUAGUUUCCACUUCUCUGCUGCGUCUGAAGCCCGAGCUGAUGAACCAGCUGGCUACAUUGCUGGUGGAGCAGGAGGGCGGCAGUUCGUCUGAUGCCCUGGCAGCUGCAGUCGAGUCUCGGACACAUCCUGGCACAUUACCAGCGGUCCUCAAUGGCGGGCACACCGACUCGACAACCUCUACCCGGGUCGAAACGCCGUCCGGACUGCCCAACACGUCGUUUGGCAUCAACAUCUCGCCCAAGCUCAGCCCACUGGUCGAUCUGCUGCAUGAGACGCAGACAGUCAUGAUCUCGCUGCGUGGCCCGCACGGCACCGACAUCAUUGGCGGAGUGCUGGGCUGCCUGUCCAAGCACAACUGCCAGAUCAUCGACUUUUCGCUCUCGCGGCUGCACCACGAUGUGACGUUUGGCGUUCUUGUGCAUCUGCACAACGGCGACGUCGACCUGUUCAGUGACCUGGCCGAGACUGCGCAAAAGUGGGACGGCACCCUGACGUUUGAUGUGCAGAACGCGCGACUCAAGGCAUCGGUGCUGAGUGGGCAGUCAGAGUACAAGCUGGACGAGGCUCCGUAUGCGCAGCGUGUCAAGUACAUUGCCACAGUGCUGAACGAGCGCGGGCUGGGACCCGAGUUCCUGAGCGCCUGGCUUAAAUGGCUGCUGAAGAAGAAGAUCAGCGUCGAGCAGAUGCGCCGGCUGGACAAGCACUCGGAGCUGAUGUGCGUCGAGUUCCGCCUCAGCGUGCCUGACACUCUGUCGCUGGAGGAGAUGAAGGCCGAGCUGUUCACUCUGAGCACCGGAUUCCAGACUGAUGUGGCUCUGCAGCCCGACAAUGUGUUCCGCAGACAGAAGCGCCUGGUCGUGUUUGACAUGGACUCGACGCUGAUCCAGCAGGAGGUCAUUGACGAGAUUGCGCGUGCCACCGGCAUCGAAGAGGAGGUGUCGGCCAUUACUGAGAGUGCGAUGCGUGGAGAGAUCGACUUCAAGGAGUCGCUGCGCCGUCGGGUUGCGCUGCUCAAGGACACGCCGAUUGAGGCACUAGAGGAGGUCAAGCGGCAGCUGGUGUUUACAGAAGGCGCGCACUACCUGUGCCGUGCGCUGAAGAAUGCCGGAUUCAAGCUGGCGGUCAUCUCUGGCGGGUUCAUUCCGCUGGCAAAGUACGUCAGGAACGAGCUCGGAUUAGACUACGCCUUUGCCAACCAGCUGGAGGUCAGCACUGAUGGGAAGCGGCUGACGGGUCGGACCGUGGGACCGAUUGUCGAUGCGGUCCGGAAGUCAGAACUCCUUGAGGUUAUUGCCCAGGCCGAAGGCAUUGCCAUCGACCAGGUUGUUGCUGUUGGCGACGGUGCCAAUGACCUGCUCAUGCUCGGCAAGGCUAGCCUGGGGGUUGCGUUCAAUGCGAAGCCCAAGGUGCAGCAGGAAGCACGUGCCCGGAUCAACCAAAAGAGCCUGGCGAACGUACUGUAUCUGAUGGGCUACUCGCAGAGUGAGGCUGCCGAACUCCAGCUGGUCGGAUAAUGAAGGCGAUAGGUGGGGCUUCAAUUUUCUUUCGAUAAUACUCUAAUAUACACACUCGAAAUAUC